UGGCUUGUUGGAAUCAGGGUCACUUCACUGCCAGGAAACACAAGAAGCUACAUUCAAGGUUUGUGACCGGUAAAGGCGAUGGCCCUUUCAGCUGGAUGCCGAGGGGAGGAAGAUGAGAACACAAGGUUAACUCUAGUCAAUCAGACACCAGUGUCCUGAAGUGCCCCCAUGAAUAAUUGAUUGUUCUCUUUGGGAUUCAGGUUGUCAUGGAAACUGAAAGAAGAACCAGGAUAUCUAGGUAUGAAGUGAAGUUUCUUUGGGUCUCUCUCUCUCCCUUCAGGAGUUAAGAGCUGGAGCUACCUUUGGCAGGUGCUUAUAAGAUCUUACAUUGACUCCGAGAUGAAUUAUCUCGCAUUGAGCCUUCUGCUGCUCCUGCAGUUAUUUUCUUUGAUCGAUGGUCAGAACAGCCUCCAGCGCAUCAUUGGGGGUAACAUCGUGGCGCCUCAUUCCUCCAAGUACCUGGUGUCCCUCAAGAGGAAGACAGGCUUCCAUUUCUGUGGCGGGUCACUGGUCAGCCGAAGCUGGGUCCUGACGGCAGCUCACUGCAAAACGGAAAUUAACCAGAUGAUGAUUGUCGCGGGGGAAUAUUCCCUCUCCACCUUUGAAGGCACAGAGCAGAUCUUCCGGCCCUUGCGGAUGGUGGUUCAUCCGGACUACAGCUCCACUUCCAAAAACGCAGACAUCAUGCUGAUUAAGCUGAACAGGCCGCUGGUGCAUAACGCUUUUGUUUCCAUUGUGCCACUUCCCCAGCAAGGAGCGGCCGUGAAGGAGGGCCGCUUCUGCCAAGUCUCUGGCUGGGGUUACACCUCUCCCAUGGGCGGGAGGACUUCAGACACUCUCCGCAGCGUGCACCUUCCGAUCAUCUCUGCCGGGAAGUGUAACAGCACAGCUUCCUACGCGGGAUACAUCACCAAGAACAUGAUCUGCGCUGGGUUCAACACAGGGGGCAAAGAUGCCUGCCAGGGGGAUUCUGGCGGGCCACUGGUGUGUGAGGGCCGAGUAUUCGGUAUUGUGUCCUGGGGGAACAGCUGUGCUAGUCCCAGGUACCCAGGUGUUUACACAGCCGUUGCCAACUUUCAGAAAUGGAUUUACAAAACCAUCUUUAGACGCAAAUAGCAGCAGCGCUUGGUCCUCUCAGCAUGCCUCCUUACGCUGCCCAUUCCCGGCUUUGAGCAAAUAAACUUGUGAUGAAAAAGAAACAGAAGCUCCUUCAAAUGUAGCUCUCCUGGGACCCUCUAAAAAUCACCCUGGGGGUGGGUUUUUAAAAGCAUUCUUAUGCAGGGAGUAUACAUGCCUCUCAAAUUCGGCGUCAGGUGCAUGGAUUUCUGCCUUUGAUGGAAAUAUAAAAACUCCGCAGGUUUAGGCAAUCGCUAUGCCCAAUCAUUGUGAAGACACGUGGGGGCUGACAGUUACUUAAAAACCCAGAAGGAAUCUCAGGCAAGGGAUUAAUAGACCCAAUUUUAACGUCAUUAAGAGCCACCAGAGAGGUGGAAAGAAAAAGAAAAGCAAUGUGCAGUAAAUGCCACUGAAUAGAUCAAGCAUCAAGCAGGGGGAAGGACACAUCUCUAGGCACAAAAUGUUCCUGUUACCAAAAUAAGCUCAAAGUCACUUCCCUUUUCAAUAUUAGCUAUGUGAUUUGCUGUCCUCACCAGCUGGCUAUGCCCAAAACUUGGCCACGAUUAAUUACUAGUGUUGCAUUUCUCCCCUGUAGGAUGGCAUUACGAAGACCUGGCUGAGGUACUGAAUGACUAAAGCUGCUGCAUGGAGGGUUUUUAGCUUUGAACCUGUGCCAGAACAUCAUUUGGGGCCUAAUCCAAAGCCCACUGGAAUCAAAGGGAGUCUUUCAAUGGGCUUUUGCUCAGAUGCCAGCUCAGAAAGUUCUGCAGUCAAACACACACCCGCUGUCCAGCCGUUCCCCAGGGCCAAAGCUCUUUCCCCAUUAUCCCUGCAGGACUCUAGAUAGCUGAAGUCACCUCAGCAGAUUAAUCUCAUUAAAGUUUUUCAGCAAGGGCUGGACUCUGCAGUGCAUGCACCCCACUGGGCCAGACUGGGCCCCCUCGAAUCCCCCCCAAGACACCCAGAGUGUCACCCCAUAAGUCAGCGAGGCUUGUGGUGGUGGAAAUGGGAAGAACCUGGCCCAGAACACACCAGUCAAAUGCAGUCUUAGGGUAUAUCUUCACUGCACAAGUAACCCAGGUUCCACCUGGGUGUUGGCCCAAAGCACUUUAUUGUCCAUACAGAAAAGCCUUUUACCUAGUUUUUGAGGUUCUUUCAUCCCAGAUUAGCUGACCCAGGGAGGAAGGGUUUGUGUGACAGGUUCGGCCAUAGAGAUCUCCUUGAGACUGUCUCUUGAUAUGCUGAAAAUACCACUGAGCCCACUUACAUAUGCUCUGGGGUGCCCCAUCAGUGUACACAUUUGGUCACUCGCUUCCGCACUGUAUGUUGCACCAUGGUGAGGAACAGGCAGAAACAGAUGGGGUUCCGUCUAACGGAUCCUGACAAAUGAGAUUUUCUUUCCUCCUCAGCCCUUUUAAAGGGAAUGGUGAGUCCCUGUGUCCUCCACCUCCGCCCAAGUCCGACUGAGUCAUGGAACUAUUUUUAUUUGUCAAUAACGUGUCAGAAUCAAGAUGCUAAAAUUCACCAGGUUGACAAGGUUGAUGGAUUUCCUCCUCUGUCUACCUAACUUGUCCUUCUUGAGGCCACAGAGAGGGGGAUCUUGUGAAGGGAUGUGAAAUGAGAAUGCCUCACAAAGGCAGCAAGGAUAACUCCAUCCACACCUGUCUCAUCAACCUUCUCCUUCCCGUAACAGAGACAAGGGCUCAGCCAGCUCUCUGCUGGUAAAUUCUGCCUCCUUUUGUCAGGAGGAAAAUGGAUGGGAAACAGAGAGCAGAAAGGAACAAAUUAAUGAAUGAUGUACGAGCUCCUUAGAGCUGCAGAUCAAGAGGUAAUUCAGCUACCAGUGGGAACAUAUGCCACAGCCUGACCUCCUAACCUCCUUCAGAACAGAUGUACUGAACACAUCAGCUCUUGUAUUCCCUUCCUCUUUUAUUAUGCUCAUUAAAAGGGAGCCUCUCUCCUCAACCUAGAGAUGCUGAUGUGGAAGGUAAGCACCUGUCUCCUUAUCUUUACACCUGCUGUCCAAUUUAUCAGAGAUGUUUUCUGGAUGGCUCUGAAAGUGCAGAAUAGUCGAUAGCCAACUUAGCGCCUCUGGGAAAGCUGAAAAAAAUAGACAUUCCACAGGUAUGCAGAGAGUUGGGAAGGGUCAGCUGGAUUUCUAAGCGCUGUUCGGAAGACAUGCGUCCGCUGUUCUAGAAGGUCUUUGGAACAUGUAAUUGCAAUACUUGAAGUGAACAGCAUGCUGCCUGCCUUAUCAAUCUGGUAGCACCUAUAUAUCAUUUAAGAUACCUAAAGAAUCCCCAGGCAUUUUGCACAUUGAAACUAUGUGGUGGGCAACCUGCAGUCUGUGGGCUGCAUGCAGC